AUGUCGUCGCUGGUCAAGGUGAGCCCGACAAUGGCCAAGCUUAUUCGCGAUAUGGGCCUUGAGGGCGUUUAUAUCACUCCCAGCGGUCCAAAGGACACGGUGACGAAACCGGAUAUCGACGCAGCGGCUGCCGCGAAGGCGCGCGACCCUGUGGCGCUCGUCAAGUCGUGGCUGAUCGACAAGGAGCUCGCCACCGAGGCGGAGGUCAAGGGCAUCGAGAAGCGCGUGCGCAAGGUCGUCGACGAGGCCGUGGCCAAGGCCAAGGCGGCGACGCCGCCGCCGCCCGGCGAGCUGACGCGCGACAUCUACGUCGGCAAGUACGAGCACCCGCGCAUGGUCAAUGUGGGGCCCGGGCCGCAAGGAGGGCCCGCCUGA